UCUUGAAUGAGCAUUGAAAUUCAGAUUAUUCAUUUGUUUUUUACACACUUUUAAUUUUGCAAUUCCAUUUCACCACUCUAAAAUGUUUGCUCGCAAGCUAGUUCAAUUGUCAACCCGCACAGCCGUUGCGCCCAGCAGACUCGUCCGCGGUGGGCACGGCGCACCCCAGUUCAAUGAGCCCGGAGGCUACCUCUUUGGUCGCAAGCCCGGAGAGAAGUACGAAAGCGAGGGUUGGGAGGUUAUCUGGAUUGGCGGCUUUGCCAUUGCCUUUGGCAUGAUUGCGGCCGGCGUAUACUACAAGCCAGACACCAGGAUCCGCACCUGGGCCAGGCAGGAGGCCGAGAGACAGAUGCUCGAGGAGGGUGAUCUGCUGGAGUAUAAGACAACAGCGUACAAGGCCUAGGUUUUGUUAUCUGUAUGUCCUCUACUUUUCCAUAUACACUCAUCAAUACAUUAAACUCUGACCGAUUUAUG